AUGACAUCAGGACCGCAUUGUUUACCGGCGGGACGGCCAGUAUCACGGCAAAGUAUUGAAAGGGAACGUGUAAAAAAUGUUUUACAGGAGAGUUUUCGGAAAGCUCUAAAGGUAAAAAGUUGUGCCGACUUAUGUGAUAUUACGCGACGUCUCAAGCAACUGUAUUUUGAUGCAUUAAAUGUACCUGGAGGUAUUGAACGCUAUUUGGCCGCUUUACGUUUUGCAUUAGAACUUACUUGUGAGAAAAGUAACGAGAAAGAAGGACGUAUUAAUUGUCUGAAAAUGUCUGCUCACGUUGCAUUGGCACUGUCGCAGGAAGGGAUGCAUGAACCGCUUCAGUUGUUGGUCGAUUUCUGUGUGGACAUGAAUGAUUUAUGCAUAACUAUCACUAGGAGCUAUGUAUGUGCACUGGCUGGUUUAUUACUAAAUUUAAAUAAGCUUAUCGCAAAUCGUUUACGCCAACAGAAUCCGCAGAAAACUGACUGCUCACCGCUGUCGAAAGAACUGGGCAAAACAUUAUAUGCUAUACUGUCAAAGCGUCUUUUGGAUGUUAAUCCCUUGGUUCGUUCUGAUGCUUUGAAAGCUGUAGCAGCAUUGCAAGAUGAACAAUCAAAGGCUGAUAGUUACCAGACAGAUUCUCCAAAACGUUUGUUAAUUUCGCAUUUGAAUGAUGUGUCGUGUGAAUGUCGAAUUAUUACCGUAAAGAAAUUGAUGCUAUGUUCGAAGGAGGAAGUCGAUCUUGUGGUAAAUAUGGCACUGAGUGAUUCGGAAGAACGAGUAAGGCGGGCAGCGACAGUUCGAAUUAUCAAAGAUAUCGAUUUGAAAGCUUUAUCUAUCAAACAGCGUAUGGAUAUAGUGCAGAGUGUUAUGAAUAUGAGUGCUCGGGGUCAAAAUUACACAGUGAUUUUAAAUGAUUUAUUCGGAGAAUGGCUUAAAACAGCCUGCGGGGUAGAUACAUUACCGGACAGCGGUGAAGAGCUCUGUUCAUUUUACUGUAUUGCAUCAUCUCAUUUACUGCGUUUUCUAGAGCCAUUAACACAAGAACAGGUAAGUCAUGACUUGAUAGUUCAUGCACUUCAAUACUGUCGUGAAAAAAUGGGCCUCAGCUCAAUCGAAGUGCAGGAUUUUGUAAAGGCACUAAACCGAAACGCAGAAGAUAUAUCUCUUCAUCGACAUAAUUGCAAUAAAUUGAUCGAAGAGGGUUGGACAGCGCUUGAACAAGCAAACGCUGUAUUUUACUGGCGCUGUUUAUUAGAUUUUUGUAAAUCAAAGUGUGUAACGGAUGCAGACUGGUCCGAAUGCCAUUAUCGUUUGCUUCCAACUAUGCGGACCUUUUGUGAACUUAUGCAGAACUACAUGACAACUGUAUUAUCGAGCGAUGAAACAGAAGCGCUCUUUGCAUUAAAGAACUUCACUGUAAUGCAGCUGCUGAAAAUAAUAUCACUUUUUGAUCAAGGAGAUCCUUCUGGAUGGAAAACAUGGCAGACUUCAUGCGAAAAUGUUUUGGGUAAUAUGCAGCUUAAACUUACUGAAGCUCUCGUCAAUGAACUUGUUCAGCAGAUGUACACACAUCUCUGGCCUCUUCCAGAGCAGAACGAUGAAGCGCUUUCAAACUUGUGUGAUUUGACGAGUUCUAUCGUGCAUAAGGCUCUUUUUCCCAAUGCAACGAUGAUGGCUGCAAAUCAAACGAUUGGAAUUGUAGGAAAUGAAUCGACUGUUGAAAUCGAAAAUACGGAGGUCGACGAUGAUGCUAUGUAUCGCUGUAUUAUGAUUGUGAGUGCAAUGCUCAAAACGAAUCGCUACAAAAGCAUGAAUGCUUUGCUGCAUGGAGUUUUGGAAAAUAUUAUUGAAAGAAGUGUGGUGGCAGCUGAUAUUAACUGUCGAAUUCUUGCAUUUGAAGCAAUGGGUAUUUUGGCUAUGUAUGAUCGUCGUGUUGCUUUUGAAAAAACAAUCCUGAUCAAAGAAACGCUUAAAAUUGACCAGCGCUUGAGACCAACAAUGCUCAAUAUUUUGUGCAAUAUGGCGUUACUGCAUGGCUAUCAGAUGGUUUCACGAUGGUUCGGUGCUGAAUUAGAGUCGACAGCUCCAAACAACGAACUUUUGCAAGUUUUUGCCGAAUAUAUUGAUAGCCUGGAUCCGGACACGAGUUUUACAGCUUGUGAAUGUCUGUGUAAAAUGUUUUUAAAAGAGGCAAAUGUUGCAUGGACUGGUGUGCUGAGUCGUUUGUUGCUUAAGGCAUUUGAUCCAGCAACCAACAAUAUUCCAAAACUGAAAGCCUGUUUGGUUACAUUCAUACCAGUAUUUGCUGAAUGGAGCAGGGAGUAUCAAAUGCUGUUAGUUGAAGCAUUUCCGGAAACUUUCGAUGCAUUACGUAGCGAUCAACAAUUCGUCGGUUCGCUUUCACGCAUAAAUGUUGCUGCGCUUGGGUCGUGCUUUGUGCAUGCGACAAGUUCACAAUUGCUAAAUAGUACUGAUAAACAGAAAGGAUCAGUUCAUCCUUUUUUAUGUCAGAAAAUCCUAGCCGCAUUGAGUGAUGAUCCAGAAGAUGAUUAUGCUCCAAUAUUUUGUAAAAUGCUAUCGGACAUUGAUGCAAAUGACUGGACAGAUAUUACACAGAUAAAUGCUUUAAUUGCUGAUACCGACGAUGUGAUUGAUCUCUAUAGCGAUACGGAGGAAACUCGAGGAUAUAUUCGAUCAUUAGCGUCAUUUUCCAAAAAGUUGCGAAAAAGAGUUGCCAGUUUGGAAAUGCUGAUUUCAACAAGGAAGCAUGGUGACAGCGAAUCCGUAGAUGAGCAUGAUGAUGAUGAUGAUGAAAGUGAAAUUUUAAAGAUUUCGAAACUUGUACUUCGAGAAAGUAGCAAGGCAAAUGGUUGUAACCCCCAAGCAAACAAACAAAGCAAAAGAAAAAUGGGUACUGAUUCGAAGCCUAAAAAUCCGACUAAGUCGGAAUUCACGAAAUCAAAAUCUACUCAGCGUGAUAUGAAAGUAUUAUUGGAAGAGGAUAUAAAUCAGGACAAGAAUAAUCAGAUUUCCAAUGAUGAUGAUAGAGUAUUCAGAACUGAACCCAAGCUUACUGCUGUCUUGCCAAGUAUACAACGUCAAAGACCUCUAUUGGUUCGUGCGGUAAAAUGUACUCAAAAAAUUUUAAAAGAAGAUUCAUCUGAUGAUGAGAAAUGA